AGCAGAGGCGAGCUCAACCCCCCCUGCCUCACCCCGCAUUCCAAUCUGCAAGGAGCCGAAUACUCACCUGCCCACUUGACGCGAUUUUCUUGAUUUAAAUACCAGUACCUAAAUAGUGAUAUUAACUCGGGCGGUAGGCCAGCAUCUUUCAGCUUCUUCCAGAGGAUGUCGUAACAUAUAGUGUCAAAAGCUUUAGAAAUAUCCAUGAAACAAGCAUAGACAGGCGUCUCUCUGUCUGUAUAAUACUUGACAGUGUGCUUCAUACUAAGAAUAGCCGUUUCUGUCGACAGUCCGGGCACAAACCCGAACUGGGCAUCGUGUAGCUUAACAUGUUUCCUUAAAUAUGAGUUGAGCACACUGUCAAGCACUUUAGCUAUUAUUGUAGCUAAGGAGAUGGGCCUAUAAUUAGACUUAUCUGAGACAUCACCCGUCUUGUUCUUAAUUAUAGGCACCACCACGGUCUUCACCAAAUCGGAAGGACCGAUUUUAACAGAUCCGACGCUACUGGACUUUCGUUCUUCAGUGUAUCGCCUACUUUCUACGAGAAUGGACGUUGUCGUGUUGUAUUGGUACUAUCGUCGUCUGCGGCGGAGGAAGCCCCGGCGUUAUUGGAUACAUCCACUAUUAAGGCAAAGAUUUUGUCGUGGUGCUGUUGUGCGUCAGCUGAAAGAAGACGAAUCUAAAUUUUUUACUUAUUUCCGAAUGACGACGUCUACUUUUGAUGACCUUCUUAAACGAUUAGAAAAGGAUUUAAAAAAGAAAGACACAAACUGGAGGAAAAGCUUGUGCCCUGAAGUAAAACUAGCGAUAUUUUUAAGGUAUGCAGCGUCUGGGUGUACAUUUCAAGAACUUUAUUACGUCUUUCGUGUCGGUGUGUCAACUAUAAGCAACAUUAUUAAGGAAGUUACACGAUGCAUAUGGAACAACUUGAAUGACGAGUUUAUGCGACUUCCUACAACAGUGAGUGAAUGGGAGCAUAUAUCAAAUGGAUUCGACACAAAAGCAAAUUUUCCCCACUGUUUAGGAGCAGUGGACGGUAAACACAUCAGACUUCGAAAACCAGCAAAAAGUGGCUCAAUGUACCUAAAUUACAAAGACUUUUUUUCCAUCAUAUUAUUAGCGAUCGUAGACUCUGACUAUCGUUUUCUAUAUGUUAGUAUUGGGUCGUAUGGAAAAGAAUGCGAUUCAUCAAUAUUCAAGGAGUCGACAUUUUGGAAAAUGAUGCUAGAUGGCAGUUUACAAAUACCAGAACCUUGCCCAUUAAUAACAGGCUCAGAAACGAGAGUUCCCUACGUCAUAAUCGGCGAUGAAGGUUUCGGUUUACACGAAAAUUUAAUGAGGCCAUUUAGCGGGACGCAUUUAGACGUAAAUAAGCGAAUAUAUAACUAUCGUUUGACCAGAGCUAGACGAUACGUUGAAUGUGCAUUUGGUAUUCUUGCUAAUAAGUGGAGAGUAUUCCACCGGCCUCUAGACGUCAACAAAACAACAGCUAUAUGGAUAGUUAAGGCAUGUACCGUUCUACACAACUUUGUAAGGGAAAAAGAGGGCUUAAAGGAUGGCAACACAUCCGAAUCUGAAGCAUUUCAUUUCAAUAGCCUACCUGAUGAUGAAACGCUACGAGGUGGUCGAACUGCAAAUUCAGUUCGAACGGAAUUCGAAAACUAUUUCGUGUCCGAAUCUGGGUCAGUUUCUUGGCAGAAUGAAGCUAUUUAAAAUAAAAAACAAUGUCUCCAUUACAAUAUAAAAUAGAUACUUACCAAAUUCUUGUCUUUCUUUUUGUUCCAUAGCUUCAAAAUCCUCCUUUAGAAUACCGCAUAUUUCGCGCCAAGCUGCGGUUUUUGCAAUUUUAUCUUUAUAAAUCUCCAGUGUUUUGUCCCAAAGAACUGGUCUACUUUCAACACAAUUUAUCAAAACUUCUUGCUCAACAUAUUUUUCAAACGCCUUGCUUGCCAUGAUUAUGAUAGCACUGGACACGUGCACUACUCUAGGAAUGAAACCGGCAAAUGGCGGCUGUGUGUAGCACAUCGCACCCCGCGCACCCCCGUGCAAAGCCUCGUGCGGUUUCAAUCCGAUAAAACGGAUUAGUAUAGUAUUACUGGAUCCGGAAUACUGUGUGAACUGGCUCAUACAACUACAUACGCUAAUAACAUAUACGUUUAAA